UUCAGAGUUCUGAAAUCUGUGGAAGCCCACUUGCAAGAAUUUAAAACUGUUUACAAUAAGACAGAUAUGGAAAACUUUCAAAUGGUGGACUCAUCUCAGCACCACACACCACCUCAAGAUUUAUUAACAACCAACGAUGCACUAAGAGAUGCUGUACUUGAUUUUGAGGAAACAUUUCUUAGUGCAAACUCCACAAGUAAAUAUACCAGCCACAAAUCACAAGGUUUAGAGCCUCCUGUGGAUGCAGUAAAAACUCCAGCUGCUUCAGUCUCGAGUGACAGCAGCUUCACAGAUGUGAUUCCUGGGUCACUGUCUUGGUUAUCACCAGGAGUGUCUAAAAAUGCUUCUUAUGGUCUUUCAGCUGAAAAUUCAUUGUCAGAGAAGCCUUUAAGAGGAGAAUUUAGGAUUCCAAUUGAUUCAAUAAGCUAUGUAUCCCCAUCUUCAUCCCAGUCAACUCUUUCCAGCACUGGAAUUAAACAGUUUUUUUUUCACCAGAGAUGUACCCAGUAUCCACCGGUUCUCAGCAGAUUGCUUAUACAUUAGAAGCAUUAAACUCUGCUACUUCCCAGUCUCCAGUCACAUCACCAGGUGGAUCCAUAAUACCUAAACCUGUUCUUGAAAAUAUUCGUCAACAGAUGGCCACUAGUCUUGAGAGGAUGAGAGAAUUAGAAGAAAAAGUAAAAAACUUAGCUGUUUUGCAGGUUCAACUUUCAGUUCUAAAAGAAGAGAAACGUUUACUGAUUCUCCAGAUAAAAGCCAAAGAAAACAAAGCAGAAAAAGCACCCACUAAACUAGAGGUAAAACCUGUUAAGCAGAGGUCCAAAAGUGAUGGUGAAGAAGAACUUGAGGAGGGCUCUUCUAUGAGAUUCCAUGGCCCAAGCAAGUUUUCCUCAUAUUUUAAAAGAAAAACAUUUGUUCGUCCAUCAUUAGCUGCAGACAACAGUCAAAGUCGAUUGGAAUCUUGUGAAGAAGACCUUUCUUCUCCAGGUUUGACAGCUUCUUUGAGUGCAAGUAUCUCUAGAAAGAAGCAAUUGGAUAAUAGUGAUAUGCAGCAAAAGUAUUUUAGUGACCAUGAAGUACUCUCUAAUGAAAGUAGGGAUGUUAACAGAGUAAAUAACAUGAAAAUUACUGCCACUCAUAAACUUCUUCCCACUCAAGACAUUGGCAUUGGGUAUGUUCCAGAAAAGGUUCAUGCAAUAGGUGUAGGUGAUAGUAAUGUACAUAUAGCUUCUCAAUAUGUUUGCAUUAAAUGUGGCCAACAAGAGGGAAAGUGGUCAUCUUCAGGUUGUUCAUUCUUCUCUGAGUCUUCAGAGGGUGAAUUGGAAGUUAAAAAAGAGAAUAAAUAUACAUCAACACCCCAAAUAUUGAGUGGUGUUCAAUGUCAGGAGUUACUUAAUAAAACUUUCGAGACUCAGAGUACAAAUACAGAUGGGCAUACAAAUAACCAACAGCUUAAGGUAGAUCAGAUAAGAUUUGAUACUCAAGAGCAUAUAUCCAUUGUACCUCAACCAGAAUGUUGUACAAAUUGUAAGGGAAAGUUACAUCAAAAGUUCCAAAACAUUGCAGUUGGAGAUUGUGUCCCUGUGUCAGAUAUUUCCUCUAAAUUUAAGUCUUCCCUGAUGGUUACUUGUGGAAUGAAUACUGAAGUAACAACACAGCAAGAAAGUGGAACAUGUACUGAGCUAAAGAUGACUGAUGUUUUGAGCCAGCAGGAACUCAUCUCCAGAAGGCAUCCUGUCACAAGCUGUGGCUAUUCAACCAUGAUUUCUGUAGGGUUACAGGUUUCCCCACAAGUUGUUGAAACCAAGGAUGCUGCUUUACAAACCACUAAUACUGAUGUUCAGCACAUUUGUGUCCAAGCAGACACAGUGAAUUAUAAAAAUACCACAGAGAGGGGUGUAGGAACAGGAAGAGUCAAUCAUGUUGUAUGUGAAAGGUGCUGUAAUGUUGAAACACGAAGCAUUGGAAUUGGAUCAUACAGCAUCUCUGAUGAAACUUGUCAGCACUGUUUUAGAUUUCAAGUAGAGAAUAAGGAUGUUGUCACUGAUUGUCAGUUGGAAACCUCUUGCAUGAAAUGUAGAGAAACUGACACCAGAACAGUUGGCUGUGGAGAUUUUUCAGUAUCUGAAGUUUGUUGGGAUUACUGCAAGACUUACCAAACAGAGACUGUAGGUGUUGGAGAUGAGGACGUGGGCUGUGUGUUAUGUGAUCAUUGUGUUAACUUAAAGGUUGAUGGAAAAACUUUAGGAGAAGAUUUCAUUCAGAGGCGCUCGAUUGGAAUCAAUACAAGCUUUGAAACUGGGCUUUUAGAUCUCUUAGAGCCAAGCAGCCUGAACAGUGUUGGAAUUCGUUUGUGUGACAAAUGCAAUACCACUAUUUACUCCGUUGCUACUCGGGAUACUACAGGGAAGAAUACCUUACCAACGUCUGUCUCCAGACAUCGAGUCCACUCCUCUCAAAUACCAAUACUUAAAAGAUCAGUCAAUGUUGACAGUGAGUCUGUUGUUUCAGAGUUAUGCCCUCAAUCAAUAGAGGAAACCAACACUACAGAGCAACAUUCUAUGAUUAAGGUACAAAAAGAAGCAUCUUUUGACUCAUCAAGUUUCCAGAACCCCCAUGCUCGAUUAGCUGUUGAUGAAACAAGUUUUUUAAAGCAAGAUAGUCUACAGAAAGAGAAUAAUACUAAAUCUUUCAGGUCAGCCAUUUGUUCCAACAAAAGUAGAUUGAAGGCCGUAAAACUCUCAUGUGGUAGUGAAUCAGACACAACAGAAAGUUCUGGCUCCGAGAGUAGCAGUAGCCCAGAGGAAGGCUCUUAUGAUGGAAAUAUCAUAAAUUGUUGUGUUGAUGAAUUGGCCAUCAAGUUGAAGAAGCCAGGAGCUGAAAUGUUUGAAGCUGUUCAUCAUGCAAAAACUGAACUCACUAAAGAAAUGAAAGCAGCUUGCAAGGUCCUGAAUGAUUAUUUGGUGAAACCAGGAAAUAAAGAUGAAAAGAAGAUGAAAUCUUGCUUUGCUGUCAUACAACAGGAAUGGUUCAAAGUAACAAGUCAAAAAAAUGCCGAUCCUCAUGUAGUAGAAGACCAUCUGGAUGCUUUAGAGGAGUUUUCCAAUCAAUUAUUAAGUCAUGUUGUUAAUUUAACUGAUAACAAUGGUAACACAGCUAUGCACUAUGCUGUUUCCCAUGGAAAUUUUGAUGUGGUUAGUGUCCUUUUAGAUUCCAAGGUGUGUGAUGUUACUAAGCACAACAAGGCUGGCUACAAUUGCAUGAUGUUGGUGUCAUUAACAGAUGUGAAAAAUGAUGCUCAUCAUGAUGUUAUUCAACGACUCUUCCACCUUGGAGACAUUAAUUCCAAAGCAACUCAGAAUGGUCAGACUGCUUUAAUGUUAGCUGUUAGUCAGAAGAAUGUAAAAAUGGUGGAGAUGCUACUGGAAGCUGGGGCAGAGAUCAACCUACAAGAUGACGAUGGAUCCACUGCACUAAUGUGUGCUGCUGAACACGGCCACAAGGAACUGGUCAAACUUUUGCUAUCUCACCCCGAUUGUGACCUUUAUUUAACAGACAGAGAUGGCAGCACAGCCCUAACUAUAUGUAUGGAGGCUGGACACCGAGAUUUGGGACUGCUAAUCUAUGCUAGCAUGAAUUUUUCUCGGGGAAGUUCACCAUAUUCAUCACUUAGAAGAAGACGACAAGGCUAUGCUUCAAACAGAUCUACACCCACUCCACGAACUCCACCACCACCUAGCCCUGCUCACUCAAGAAAGUCUUCCAGCUCUGUACCAUGACUGAUUGGGUUCUAAUGCUGUUGAAAGUUGAUUUUAGUUACUGGCUACCAAUAUGCUCAUCAAUUUGAGUGACAAUUUGUUCUAUCACUAGGCCUUCUUCAACUGUAAAUAUACAUGACUUACACAAAACACAGAGGCUAUUAAAUUCCCAUAUAAUCGUUGGUCAGUCCUGACCACUCUAGGUCAGCUUCUAUGGGGAAAGUCUUCAGCCGUCCAGAGACUGAGAAAGAAAAGUUCAUUCGUCUUUGUAAGGAGAUGGCGGAUGAUGAUUGUCGUCAGUACAGAGAAGGUUAUCCGG